AUUUCUCCCUCAUCACGACGCGUCGACUAGUCAACUGGCCCUCAUCAUGGGCCUUCACCGUGCCUCCGGUUCCUCCUCAAAGAUACGGCUUCCUGUUUCAAUCCGAGGGAAUCGAACGAAAAGUGUCCUCCACUCCUGCAAGGCUGUUGAAAAACGCGCCCGUGCUGCAAAAGCAGCUGAGAAAGAGCAUCUAAAAAAUUUGACGCCAGAGCAGCUGGCUGAAAUUCAGAGCCAGAAGAUCCAGUUAUCAGCGGCCUCAGACCACCCCGAAGACGACGAAGACUACGACUCGAACUCCUGGCAGGAUAUAGAAGAUGUAGCCAGGAUGAACGGGAUAUUGCGUGGGGAUGAAACUAUGGAGAUCAGCCAUGAAGGCAGGGAGUUUGAGCUAGCGAGAGAUCUUCGAGAGAAGCUGACAGAAAAAUGGAAGAAACGGCAAAGGUGCGUUAGAUCUGAACAUCCACCUUUUUACACUCAAUAUCCGCAUAACAGACGGCGGCGAGAUGUCCACAAGCGCUGCAAUCGUACGCAACAGCGCAUCGACGCCUUCAAGAUGUUGCUGGAACCAAUGACGGAUGCAUAUAUGGACUGGGUCUUAGUGCGAGAUGCAGAUAAAUCACCAUUGGCAGAGGAGGGAGGCCAAUCCUCUGAUGGUAUCUGGGUUAUUGAUAUAUUCAGACGUUUUUGUAUGCCCAAUAGUAAUCUUUCAAUUGGAAGUUUAGUUCGCAAUGGCAUAAUCCCUUGUGCACCAAAGCGGCCUGGACUGGUGGUGACCUUUCGGGUCAUGGAAAUUUUCCACACGGCCAUCCUUCGCUGUCCUCAGUUGUCGAUUCAAGACUUCAUACGAACAUUAUGCAAUCUUCAUUCUUUCCCGAUUGCAAGCAGUCUAAAGGAACAAUUCAGCAUCUGCUACGAUGUAUUCAUCGCAAUUUUGGAAAACGUGGAGCGGCAAGUACUGAGAGAGCUUGGUCGUUCACACCCGGACUGGCAGCUCAAGAACUGUUGCGCCGCAUGCACGUUUGAACUUGAGGGUGAGGAGCAGCUGGAGUUUAGUAUGUUUGGAGCUAUGGACGGUAAUGACUCACUCAAACGCAUCCCACGGAGCAAGGUGGUGGAUACACUAGAGGGUAACCGGGUCAGCAUUGAACGAGAUGACUUACGCGAUGGUGGCGGCGGAUAUAUUUUACCAAGGACGGAGGUUGAUCGCUGGUCCAAGGAGGCCAUAGGUGAUGUAGAAGCAGUGGACAUGGGAGUCUUUGAAGAGACUGGCUUUUUUCUGUCAUUAUGCCGUCAUGGGUCUGUGCUCCUUGGGGCAGACAUGGUGAAAAGUGGAGAGCAAGCAAAAUAUCCAUUAGCUAUUGUUGGGAGGCUCUUGGAAGUCUUCGGAGAUCGCCUGGGCAUCGGAUACGACAUUGGCUGCAAGUUUGGCAGUACGAUAAACCAAUCCCCACUUGGCGAGUUAGCAAAAAUCAAGAGGUUUCGUGUAUUGGUCUCGAAGAUCAAGUCAAAUGGUCUUGCCAGGGGUAUUCGAUAUGCCAGUCGCUUCCAUCGUUGCCAACGCAUUACCUGGUAUCUGAAGCAUGUCGAUCGUUUGGACUCCUUCGAGCAUCUCAGUUCGUUUUUGUGCAACAAUUACAGACAAGCUCUGGAUAUCAUAGACGACUAUCCAGCAUUACAAAAGUCUAUGCAGGAGCUUGGAGUGACCGAUGAAAAGGAGUUUGAAGCGUGGCUUUCGGAGGAGGAAGCUUACCUCUCAGGUUUACAGCGUGAACCGCCAGAAGAAACCAUCGAGAUGGAAUAUUAUACAAGGCUCAUCCAUUAUUAUGAUGUAGAAUCAAAGGUUGCUGCUAGCCGGAGGGUAGUGUUCGUUAACACGACGACCGAUACACAGCCACAACCACCAGACGACACCCGCAAGAUGGAGACAGCACGAAGACAUCUUCUCGAAAGGAGAUCUCAAGAGCUGGAGAGGGUGCAGGACCUCGAGUGCUCACUGAACAUCUCCCCUGAGGACCGCUGGAUCGUCGGCUCGGAAAAGUGGAGAGAGAACGAGCAGAGGGUUGCCAUGAGGACUUACCGGCGAUGCCUGGAUCGACUGGAGGGCUUAAUAGUCGCACGCAUCUUUGAGCUAACAAAGAUGAAUAUGUCCCAUACUGGAUAUAAAAUGCGAAAACACAUAGGAAAGGCUCUCAAGGCACGAUCACAAGCCAUACGGACCGCCCUCACCCAAUAUAAUGUAGCGGCAGCAACCCUUAUCCCCCCAAGACCUCUGCUGAAGUGGGAACGAGUCGUCGAGUAUGCUUUUCUAGCUGAUUUCGACCUACUCCGAGACGUUCGGAAGGACAUGAGCGAGCGCAAGUAGGCCACUCCAGCAGGACGCCAAGCGAUGGAUACAUACUUCAAGAUCUGUCAGGCAAAGGAGGAAAUCAAGCGCCUCAACAUCGAGAUUCAGCGAGUAAUUACCUAUAUGCACAUCGAAGAUACAUAUCUCCGUCGCCGAGAGGGAGCAAUUGCCGAAACAGAGCCUGCCUUGGCAUUUCAGAUAUCGAGAUAUCGUCAGGAUAGGGAACGCUUCUAUGCCGCGCAUAUGCACCGUUUCUAUGCCUUGUCGAAGGAUGC